AUGGUGUGGGAGAGCAGUGGCCUGCCGCACGCGCUGCGGGCAUCCGUUGGGGACCUUGGUGGCAAGGAGGGUGCCGCUGCGGUGCUGCGAGAGUGGAGCAGGUCUGUGCAGAAUGACGCCAGCGUGUGGGUCGAGCGCCUGGUCGCGGCACAGGCGCCAGCGAGCGGGGACGGCAACGGUGACACCGCCGGUGCUGCCGCUGGUGGGGUUGACUGGGUGGACCCCAUCUCCGGGUGUAGCGCCGUGCACUUUGCCGCCAAGAGCGGGUGUGAUGGCGUGGGUGAUGACGACGCAGCUGCGGUCAUCAUGUCAGACCUCAUUCGCAAGGGUGCAGACACAAACAAGGCCUGCGCAUACGCACACAUGACCCCGCUGCACUACGCUGCCUACUUUGGCUGCACCGCUGUCCUGGCCAUCCUCCUGCGAAGCAGAUCAGCCACGGGGCAGGUGGACGUGAACAAGGUGUGCGACACAAGACGCAACAGCACCGCCCUACACUUUGCUGUCAUGGGCGGUAACGUCGGCUGCGUGCAGACACUCGUUGAGGCCAAUGCAAACACGGAGCUGAAGGAUGACGAUGACCGCAAGCCCAUCGACGUUGCCCGCCAACUUCUCGCUGCACCCGGCGAGUUUGACGACACGGAUGCCCUCAAGGAGAUUGUCACCAUAUUGGAGAAGGAAGGUGCACGGUUUGUCAACUACACGGGCCCGCGCAAACUGCCUGCACCUGCCACACCGCCGCCACUCGACUCCCCGGCACACAUCCUCCCGCACCACCUCGGCCGGCCCCUCCACGACGAGGUGUCUGACACGAGCUCUGUCAUGGGGAGUCAGAUUGGUGACGAACCAAUCAAUGUUGGCGACCGCGUGUAUGUGCACAACAAAGGCGCGGGCCUGGUGCGCUUCAAAGACAAGACCAAGUUCCGGCCGGGGGUGUGGUAUGGUGUGCAGCUUGAUGAGCCCGUUGGCAAGAACAACGGCACCGUGGGAUAUGUCACAUACUUCCGCACAAAACCAAAGCACGGCGUGUUUGUGCGACGCUCGCGGCUGACGAAGAUCGAGGCGUCACCAGAGAAGCAUGCCAGCCCGGCCCGCACCCCAAUCUCAACAGCGCCGCGGCGACGGUCGAGCCGGGCCCCAGCGCCGUUCACAGCCCCGACGUUCCGCACCAAAGGCAGCAUCCGCCCAGACCACGGCAAGGCAGCCGCCAUGGAGAACUACACAUUCGUCCAUCACCGUGAGAGCCCGACGUCGUCGACGCACGGGUCUCAACCGACCAGCCCCGCCCUCUCCCGCCGCAGCACCACGCACUCCAACAUCGGCACCCCGCGCACAGACACAUCCACACCCAUGGCGCGCAUGCCAAGCACACGCGGCUCCGGCACACGCAAGAAGGGGUCAUCGUUCAGGUCGGAGGUCCCACGUCACCUCCAACAGCAGCAGCAAGCGGCAUCGCCCAAGACCCCUGCUGGCAUUGACUCGUUUGGCGUGCAGUCGCGCGUGCUGUGCAGCGGCAAGAUUGGCACGGUGACGUAUGUUGGGCCGUCCCAUCUUGGCGAGGGCACGUACAUUGGCGUCAUCUUCUCCCACGCACCAGACAACGGCCACAACGGCACGGUGGACGGCCACACGUACUUCAAGUGUGGUGCUGGACACGGCUUGCUGGUGCCCGCGACGCGCGUGCACUGGCACGGCAGGCGUGCAGAUAAGGUCCUGAAGGACAAUCGAUGAGCGAACCACGAACGCCCGCACGUGCACUUACUACGCACGCGCUCUUAUGCACAGACACGUGCAUCAACAGCAAACCUGCGUUCUUGCGUUUGGUGAUGGCGAGGCUGGCGAGGCUGACGAUGCUUUCUCUUCUUCCUCUUCCUCUUCUUCUUCCUCCUGCCCUGCAACUUUCAUGCUUUCCUGUUCACCCUUGCUUCUGUACACUUGACCACUUGAACACAUGCAACGUGUGGAUGACUCG